AUGCAUUUUCAUUUCCCGGUUCUGUCACUUAUGAAUCAAUUCUUCCGACAAAUUACGAAACCCAUAUCGAAGCGCAUAGUGAAAUAUGCAAGCGAUUCGCCAAUUUUCCAGCGGUACUUCCUGUUGAUACCCGGGAAAUUUUAUUAUAAGUUAGAAAACAGCGUAAAAAUGAUAGAAAGGGAGAAAGAUUCGGCUGGUAAAAACGAUAAGCAGAUGAUUAGCAACGAAAAGGCAAUUGAAAUCGGCUCUGAGCUCAUGAUGGAGACUGUGAUAUUUGUUCUACUCGCUAGUAUAAUGGUGUUGGAGUGGCAACGCUCUCAAUGGACAUCGGCCGUUCAAGAAAAGAAGUUUCAAGAAAAUAUGAAUAAUUUGCAAGAGCUCUUACACGAAGUACGCCAAAAAAUGGCAUUAAAUGACCGAAUGAAUCAAACGACCCAAGAAUUGCUUCGAGAAGUCGAAAAAUCGAUUUUGAAGAAGCCAUGA